UUUGCGAUUCCUGAAGCACCAUUUUUGUUCACCGGUUCUUCUCGAUCAGACGGUAUUCUAUCUCUUUCUUCUCCGCCAUUUCUGUUCUCGCUUCAUCUCCGCUACGAUUCCGCUCUCCCAUUGGAGCACACUUGUUCCUUUCCUACUUCGAGGUUUCAUGUCUCUUGAAGAAGCGCCGGACCUCGGUUGGUCUCGUGUAUAGACUCGGAGCCGGCGACGAAAACCCUAGCGUGGGAUCGAUCUUGCUGUUUUCUAUCCAUGUUAUCCGCACCGGAUCCUCUGGAGGGCGUCCUCCACGCCUUUCGGGAUGCUGUAACCCCGCUAGAGUCCGCAGCCAAGGGUUUGGAGUCUCACUGGCUGAAUUUGACGGGCGGUGCCAGGAACGUGGAGUCCACUAAGAGGUAUCGUGGAUCGGUGAAGGGGAACGUAGUUACUGUGGUGGCUUCCGAAGAGAGGAAAAAGGAUCCUUUUAAGUGUUUUUUUGAUGGUUUAUUUCCCAUCGUUUCGGGUGAGAAUGACGUCGGAAGUCCGGGAGGGAUUUCAUCGAAGAAAGGGAGAGUAGAAGAGGAGCCACAUGGAUCUUGUGCGAAUUGCUCGCCCUUUUCUUUUACUUGGUCGUUUAUGUUAGACAGUUUCCUGCAGGCGUUCCCGAAGCCGCUUAAAUCAGCAAGGAAGUGUUUCGGGAAGCAACGUCGUGAUGAUGACUCCCCUUCGCGUGCGAAAGCUAGAGGGAAAAGGUCAUUCAAGAUCAUGUUUUGGGAUAAAAUCGAGAAAACUGCAGGUGAGGGAGACGCGUUGCCUGUCCAAUUGAUUCUUUGCUUUGCGUUGGACAGUUUGGGUCAGAAUCUCCAAAUGUUUAAUUGGGGUUUCCAAGGGAACAACACAAAUCUAGCAGCUUCCGAAGCUCAAGAGUCUGAUUACUUGAAAAUAAUAAAGGGAUUAGUUAACGGAAAGAAAGCAGAUUUUGAUGGAUUUCUUUCGAAUCUGAGUUUUGCAAGGGUUGGAAGCGUACCUGCUACUUUGGUAGAGGAUGCACCAUCUGUCAAAGACAACGGUGAGAAUCAUGACAAUGGUGAUGAUAAGGAGGGGCCUACAACUAGCACUCCUCAGAAGAUUGCCAGUGGUUUACUGAGCAUUCCAUUGUCAAAUGUUGAGCGUUUAAAAUCUACACUUUCCACUGUUUCUCUGACCGAAUUGAUUGAGUUUAUACCUCAGUUGGGAAAAUCCUCCACCGACCAUCCUGACAAGAAGAAAUUGUUUUCAGUGCAGGACUUCUUCAGUUACACUGAGACAGAAGGAAGGCGAUUUUUUGAGGAGUUGGAUAGAGAUGGUGAUGGCCAAGUUAACCUUGAAGACCUUGAAAUUGCAAUGAAGAAGAGAAAACUGCCAAAGCGAUAUGCCAAAGACUUUCUGCAACGUACAAGAAGCAACUUGUUUUCAAAAUCAAUUGGGUGGAAACAAUUUCUGUCCUUAAUGGAGCAGAAGGAGCCAAAAAUUCUUCGAGCAUAUACAAGCCUAUGCCUUAACAAAUCUGGAACACUGCAAAAGAAUCAGAUAUUGGCAUCACUAAGGGAUGCAGGACUUCCUGCUGGUGAAGAUAAUGCUAUUUCUAUGAUGCGUUAUCUCAAUGUGGGCAGUGAGGGAUCAAUUUCAUACAGUCACUUCCGUAAUUUCAUGCUCUUGCUUCCUUCAGAAAGGCUUGAAGAUGAUCCUAGAAACAUUUGGUUUGAAGCAGCUACUGUGGUUGUUGUUCCCCCACCUGUGCAGAUAUCCACAGAAAAUGUUCUUAAGUCUGCUUUGGCUGGAGGUCUUGCUUGUGCACUUUCCACUUCAGUAUUGUAUCCUAUUGAUACCAUGAAGACACGUGUGCAAGCAUCGACGCUCUCAUUCCCAGAGCUCAUAUCAAAGUUACCAGAAAUUGGUAUUCAUGGGCUAUAUCGUGGUUCAGUUCCAGCAAUCCUAGGACAAUUCUCUAGCCAUGGACUGAGAACUGGCAUCUUUGAGGCAACCAAGCUUGUGCUAAUAAAUGUUGCUCCAAAUCUCCAAGAUCUCCAGGUGCAAUCCAUGGCAUCUUUUUGCAGCACAAUCUUAGGGACAGCAGUUCGAAUCCCUUGUGAAGUCAUGAAGCAGAGGUUACAGGCAGGCAUCUUCAAUAAUGUAGGAGAGGCAAUUGUGGGUACCCUACAUCAAGAUGGUUUGAAAGGAUUUUUCCGUGGGACUGGUGCCACACUCUGCCGAGAGGUCCCAUUUUAUGUCGCUGGAAUGUGUCUUUAUGCUGAAUCUAAGAAGGCUGUACAGAACCUUCUGAACCGAGAACUGGAACCCUGGGAGACUAUUGCGGUGGGGGCUUUGUCUGGCGGACUUGCUGCUGUGGUUACUACACCCUUUGACGUUAUGAAGACACGAAUGAUGACUGCACCGCCAGGUUUUCCAGCCUCAAUGCAAAUGGUGGCAUUCUCCAUUCUUCACAAGGAAGGUCCUCUAGGCCUCUUCAAGGGAGCUAUUCCAAGGUUCUUCUGGAUUGCACCUCUUGGUGCUAUGAACUUCGCUGGAUAUGAGCUAGCAAAGAAGGCCAUGGACAAGGCCGAAGACGUGCCUGGUUAGAUGCUUUGGUUCGUUUAGGGUUUUGUAUUUUUUUUUUUACUUCAAAAGCUUCGAUUUUUUUUUUUUGGAGCAAAUCAUGAUCAACUUAGACAGGUUCAUCGUCGACCAUAUGUGUAGAUAUGGCUCGAGCUCCUCUGCAAACUUUCAUUUUUGCAAAGAGGGAAAAUUUUCUAUUUUGGAUACGUGAUUGUAUCACGACGCGUGAACAAAAUUGAAAAACAAUUCAUUAGUUUCUUGUUCAGGA